AUGGCUCAUCACAGUAAUAAUGUAAUGCUGGAUGAUGAACCCGAGAUCCACCCCAAUCCUCAAAAUCUUGCUACAGCUAUUAUUGGAAUUGGUUUCCUCACUCGCAGGAACCCCGGUUUGCCUGCCCCCAGUGUGCCAGAACACCGGGCUAAUCUAGAGUACAGACAAUCCGAUAACACUUCGUUAACAUACAGGCCAUACACCUCGUUCACACCCUCCCCUUCGCGCGAAGGGCAACAUUCUAGCCACUCCAUGUGUCAUGUGUCCCAGACUCCUCAAUUCUCUCUGUCGAAUAUCGCCUCCCCUGAAUCUUUAUCUACAUUUGCCGACUCUCAGUUUAACACGACCGAGUAUCCGUUCUCGCCUCUUACCACAUCGUCAUCCACGCUGUCUGGUUCUCCAUCUAUUCCGAUACCCAUGUCUCCGUCCAUCCCUACAACACAUACUGACAUGGCUACUAUCACUCCAACAACGCCAAUUACAGUCUCUCCAGUGUCUACUAUACCUGUCUAUCUGACCACCUCAGAUACCCAACACGACGAUGACGACGAGCAUUCAUCCCAGGUCAAUGAUGAUGUGAUGGAACAGGACAUAGCAAAAGUCGUUCCUCUGCUCAUUACCCCUGUCUUACAACCAAUUCAACAUCCUCCUUCCACCAGCUCCACGCGAACGAGACUAUUGCCAUUACCAAACACUGCAGAAACUUAUUUGGGCCAGCUGUUAAAUAAGCAAUUCACUGAAUUAUCUGACAAAAUAGUCGGUCCUGCUCUUAGCAAAGCUGUUGACAGUAUGAUCCCGGCGAUGGUUGAAUGGAUAGCGGGUGAGAUUAGAGGUCUCUCCUCUCUGUGCUCUCACCACCCUCACGUCUUGAAACGCGGGUCUGUUGAAGAUUACAAUACCGAGCCUGAACAUGAGGACGAUCUCACCCCUUCCCCUCACAGGAAGCAUCCAGGAAAGCGGGGUACUAAAAACCAUUUACAUGACUCGUUUCGUAAAUAUCUUCGGGAUAAACACCUUCUGAAGUCGAAGUCCAAGAAUGGUCCCCUGCCGCAAUCGCCUCCGUCGCAUGUGGUCGAAGCAUAUAAUCGUGAUAAUGAUAACCCGCCGACUUUGGACAAAAUUGCUAUCGAUUGGCAGGACUCUUUGAGGUCCUCUGUGUGGAACACUGAGGCGGUCGAUUUACUAGUAGUAGACUUUCAAGAAAAAGUCAAGACAGGCAGUUUCCCAUUGAUGCUCGAAAGACAUAGGAAAAUCAUUGACCAAAAUCGCCACCGUAAUCCUCAAUCUUGGGACACGAUCAGGCGCAUAAUUGAUUGGCUUGAUGUUGAUGGAAUGAGUGGGGAUGAAACUGACACCCAAGAUAUGUAUGAGGAGAACAUGUCAGUCCUGGUUGGUAACUCAUCGCUUCUUCGUCUCAUGGAGGCCAAAUGCACCUCAAAAAAUUCUAUUGCAAUCGCAUGUCUCCCCCGCAAUUGGUAUGAUGACAAUUGGUUCAAAGCCCAUUCAAGCAGUGCGUGA